AAACAAAAACUAGUCUCUUCCUCUUAAACGUUGUCCCUACGAAAAAAUUCGGCUUUCAAUGGACUCGUCCGUCUCAUACACAGCGUGUUGUGCUUUAGAUGCUAGUCCUUAUGCAUUCCAAGAAUGCGCUUCAUUCUUGGCGUGUAAAUAAAUUUUCACCUUUUGGUGAAAAAAGCUUUUCCCAAAAAGAGAACAAUAAACUUCCAGAACAGGAUGAAAAAAUCAUUGAAAAAGAAGAUAUUUCUAGUAACGUUAAGGAAUUCAACAUUAAAAGAGCUCGCUAUGAAGUUAUGAGGUUUGGACUGAGUGGAUUUGAUAAAGAAAAACAAAAACGUGAUAAAAUAUCAAUGGCUAUAAGAUUGGGUGCAAAACCACCUAAAAAAGAAUACGUGAAUUAUAAACAACUUAUUGAGCAAAAAAAGAAAGAAAAAGAAGAGAAAAAAGCUAAGCAAACUGAUCAGUAUGUUUUGAAACAGCUGAAAGGAAGGAAAAAAGUCAAAGGGAAGAAGAAAAUGACCAAAAAUCCAUCUAGUAUUAUUUAAUUAUUGCAUAUUUAAUGUUGUAAAUAAAUUUAUAAAUUCCUGUGUCUUAAAUAUUAUUAGACAACAUCAUUAUCAAAUAAAGUUUUACGUAAACAUAUUUUGAAAUAUAAUCAAAGGAUAAGAAAAAAUUUUAUCUUUAAGUUUUACUGUUGUAUAAAUUUUGAAAUGUUUUUAAUGUAGAAUAAUUCAAAUUAUUCAGGACAUAAAUGAAUUUUUUCCAUAAAUGUUUAUACAAAAUUUUCUGUGAUCACAUGUCUAAAAUAAAUUUUAAGUGAAUUAUUUAAGUCUACAGUUAAUACUGUAAAUAGUUGCCAGUUUUGCCUUGAAAUGAAAUGAAAUGAAAAACACAGAUUAAUGGACCUAACUCCCCUUCCUGGAAUAAACAUAUCAAAGAACUGUGCAUAUUCGACAUGAACUAUAACUAAUUAAAUUGCUUUUUAUAAAAAUAAGUUUUAAAUGAUCUUUAACUGUUUUUGACUUGUUCAAUGUAUUUACCAUUAAAGUUUUUCUAAGAAAGAAAUGGGAAAUCUUGUUUUCCAUUGUGAUAACAGGGUACAUAGCAUCAUUAAAAAUCCUUAAAAACUUCUUAUUUUUAAUAUAUAAGAGGUCUUUAAAAUGUUUUUUAUCCAAAUAUUUAGCAGAAUUUAUUCAGAAUCCAUAAUUAUCCUCAAAACGACAGAAACUGUCACUGGGGGAUAUUAUUCUCAUUGGCUCAAACAGUACAAAAUGUUUAAAGUGGUUUUGGGGAUGUAACAUCGAACUAUUUCAAGGCAAGGACAAUGUCGAACAAGUAGUCAGAUUAUGUGUGGCCAAUUGGGUACGUAACGUACGGCCAACGUAAUUGAUAACAUAGACUCUGAAGUGACGAAUGCGUUUACAUAGAUGCUUAGUGUCUACUAUGUCCAAUCCGUAGUUUCAUUUCCUUUUAUGUCUUAGAUGAAGUCUGAAGGUUUGAUAACCCUCAAUUCAUUGGGAUCAUCAUAACUGUAUUAGAGUGGACUUUCAUUGACUUUGCUUUCACACUCACAUAGCAGUGCCACUAUGUCCUUGCAAAUUACACAAACAUGAUUUAAGACUUCUCUUAAAAGCUGAUUAACGGUGUGAAUCAUUCUUAGUGUCUACUAUGUCCAAUCCGUAGUUUCAUUUCCUUUUAUGUCUUAGAUGAAGUCUGAAGGUUUGAUAACCCUCAAUUCAUUGGGAUCAUCAUAACUGUAUUAGAGUGGACUUUCAUUGACUUUGCUUUCACACUCACAUAGCAGUGCCACUAUGUCCUUGCAAAUUACACAAACAUGAUUUAAGACUUCUCUUAAAAGCUGAUUAACGGUGUGAAUCAUUCUUUCCCACCAACCUCCAUAUCAUGGCGCAGUUAAGGGAUUGAAAUACCAUUUAAUCUUUUGAAUGGAACAUUUAGCUAUAAUUUCUUGCCAAUUGAGAGUGUUGAUAGCUCUUGAUGUUCUGAAGAAGUUAGUCCUGUUAUCUGUAUGCAUAAUAGAACUACGCCCUCUUUUAGCAAAAAAAUCAUCUUGUAGCUUGCAUAAAGACUUCAGUCAACAGAAAUGUUACUAAUUCUAAAUGAAUAGCACAAUAAAUUGCACAUGUGAAAAGCACAAUCCACGCUUUCUGACCACCUUUCAAAUUCAUAGCACAUGCUAUAUCACUACCAAUUACUUUGAAUGCAGCAACAUGAUUGAUUUUAUUGACAGAAAGCAAAGUUGGACCAACUGGUAGUACUGACUUUGAUGUAUAUCUUUUUCACUCUGAUAGUCAUAGAAAGCUGGAAGCAUAAAUCGAAUACAUUCAUCUAUUUUUUACUUCUUCUUAUUUGUAGCAAUGAUAUUGCAAUAUACUUUGAUAAUUCAGCAUAAAACUUUCCUUUUUUUUAAUGCUGUGACGUUAUUUCCUGCUUUAAGUCACAUAAUAACAGAUGGUGGAAUGAAAGCUAUAUAUUGUAUAAGAUAAUUAUCUCUAUUUGGCAAUGCUUAACACUGCAUUUGUAUUCGAAUUCCUUUCUGUCCUCAAAAUUUUUGAAACUUCCCAUUUCCGUCCUUAAAUGAAAAUCAUUUAAUCGUCUCAUACCACCUGAAUCAUCAUUAAUGGUUUAAUUCAUUGAAUGUCAUGCUAAUUUCACAUUGUUUGCCUACUUGACCAAUAUGGAUUUUUUAUUUUGCUUUAGAUAUGUUGAUGAAUUAUUAAUUACAAAAGACAAAUUAAUUUGUGUAAUCAUUUGUAAUGCUUUUAUUUUGCUGAGGUCAACAUAGCGCUGAAAUGCAGACAUUUGUUAGUUUGUAUGUAUUGUAUUGUGUUAAUCUCUUCACAACAUUUUAGUAAUGAUAAUAAUAUUGAAAAUUUACUCGAAUUCCGUGUUUCUAGUUACCGUGAGUUUGCUGAGAACUGGUGACCUCCAUGGCCCUAUGAAUAAAUUCAAUGCAGAUCUCUGGUGGCCCCCAUACAUUCAGCAUACUAAAAUCGGAGUUGCUCCAAAUGUGAUUGAGUGUCAAAAAAUAUUAAAAUAAAUUAAUUUCAACUAUUUUUUAUGAGAUAAAUUUGAUUCAUUAAAUGGAAAUACUUUUAUUAAUAAUUUUGGAAAUAUGUUUUUGAGGUUUACCAAAUAAUUGUUCAUCAUCAAUGUUCCACUAUCAUAUUUAAUUUUUUUGAAUACAUCCAGUUUUAAAGCGACAAAAAUAAUUUUUAGAUGAAAAUGCAAAUGCAAAAUUGUUCGCAAAAACGAAUCACCAUUUCAUUGCUGUAAAUGAUAUUUGUCAAGGAUUAAAGCAAUAAUAAUAAUACAAAUGAACUCUUCAUUUUGUAUCAGUUUUUAUUUUCAAUGCCAAAUAUUAAUAUUAUUUUACAUUUUAUUUUAAUCAAAUGUAUUGAAACGAAUACAAGUAGGUGUUAAAAAUUCAAAUUUCCGAGAUUUAACGAGUAAAAGUGAUACAGGUAAGG